AUGGCACCCCCACCAUCAACACCUCCCGCAGACCUGCCUCUGACUGCCCGACUCCAGAAGCUUGCAACCACCUUGCAAUUCGCCUGGUUUUUGGGCCACUUUACCCUCCUACUUUCUGUCUUCAGAUACGGCUUGUCCUACAUCACAUUCAACUCUGCCUCCAAAUGGUCCAGCUUUACCUACCGCCUGGCUUUUCUCUCUGCUGUCGCCACUUACGGCAUCGUCGUUUUCAAAGCCUUCCGAGCUCGUUUCAAGCCUGGUUCUAAUCCCACCGCUUUCGCUCUUCAGCUGCUCUCUGACGAGAAUGUUCAGUACCUGCUUAUCAGCUUGGUUUGGCUCUACUCCAGGCAAAUUCCCCUGGCACUCCUGCCCUUUACGGUCUACUCGGUCUUCCAUGUAGCCACCUACACUCGCACCAAUUUGAUCCCUGCCUUUCAACCCCCAAAGCAGCCUGCAGGCGCCACUCCUACCUCCCCAAGUUCCGCCAAAUCUCAAUCGCCUCUUGGCAAUACCAUUGGGAAGUUCGUCAAAGAAUAUUAUGACACCUCUAUGACCUUGGUAGCCGCGCUCGAGAUUGCCCUCUGGGCGAGGCUAUUUCUCUCUGCCUUGACUUUCACCAAGAGCGCUUGGAUUCUGUUGGGCAUCUACACUGUCUUCCUUCGCGCCCGUUACCAACAGAGCCAUUUUGUUCAAGCUGCCUUUGGUCAGUUCGGUGCCAGAAUCGAUCAGCAGGUCCAGAACCCCAACGUGCCCCCGGCUGUCCGACAAGGAUGGGAGACUAUCAAAGGCCUUAGCCGCAAGGCUGUGGAUGCCACAGACCUGAGGAGAUACACUGGUGGUGCUGCUCCCCAGAAGAAACCUCAAUAA